CCAUCAUAGAUAUUGAUCAGCCAGGCCCCACCGUGGUUCAGGGACUCCCAACCGCUUUGACGUGUCCUGUAUUUGGUUACCCAGAACCCUUUGUGGCCUGGGUACGAGACGGAGUCAUCCAUCAAAACACCACAACCACAUCAGUCUUCAAGGAAAACGAGCUGAACGAAAACCGCAAUCAAUCAAAAUGGGAAUGCAUCGUCUCGAAUAUCCAUGGAUCAGAUUUCCAUCAGUUUCACAUUACAGGAGUGUCAUGGCACAGAAUGUGUGCAAAGCACCAUAUACUUGCUACCAAACGAACCUUGAACGAUGUUAUUAGUAGUCCUGAUCAAGCUUCCAAUGACACGUCUGUGAAUGAGUCUGUGUGGUUCCGCCUCCAGGAUCCUGUUACAUCUCAAUCUAUGCAGAUCCCUGAGUCUUGUACUCCUUCCAUGCACUGUUCAACCCAGGCCACCGGCUGGCUGCUUGGUUCUCAUCCGGGUAUUCAAGACGGAGUAGUUCGUCGUACUGUGUGUUUUAACUGGGAUGGCAAUUGCUGUAAAUAUAACACCACUAUUCUUGUACGAAGAUGUCAUGGCUUCUAUGUUUACAAGCUCCAAAAAUCAUCGUUUGAUGUUCACGCUGGCUACUGUGCAG